AUGUAUGGUGAUCCAUGUCCUUUUUGCCUGAAUUCAACGAUCUUGUCCUCAGGGACAUACUGGGGCCAAUUCGAGGAGAUUGGCAAGUACAAUACCGAGCUGAAUGUGGCAGAGAGGUUGUGGGCAGCCUGGUAUGCUUGGAUGCAGAACGAUGUCCUGGCCACUGGAAUCAUGUCAUUCGCCAUGCAUGAACUGGUCUACUUCGGUCGCUCGCUGCCUUGGAUUUUCAUUGACACAUUGGGAAUGUUCAAUCGCUACAAGAUUCAGGGUAACAAGAUCCCAUCGCUACGGGAACAAUGGGAUUGCGCCAAGUUCGUGCUCCUGAGUCAUUUCACCGUCGAACUCCCCCAGAUCUGGCUCUUCCACCCCUUGGCACAAUUUUGUGGACUCUCAACUUCGAUCCCAUUCCCGACCCUUUGGACCAUGGCAUAUCAGAUUGCAAUCUUCUUUGUGAUGGAGGAUACCUGGCAUUACUUCUCCCACCGUGCUCUUCAUUGGGGUCCCCUCUACAAGGCCAUUCACAAAAUCCACCACCAGUACUCGGCCCCUUUUGGCUUGGCUGCUGAAUAUGCCUCACCGAUUGAAGUGAUGCUCCUGGGCUUCGGAACUGUCGGGUGCCCGAUUGUGUGGUGUGCGAUGACAGGUGAACUCCACAUUCUGACCAUGUACAUCUGGAUCGUCUUGCGCUUGUUCCAGGCCAUUGAUGCUCACAGUGGUUAUGAAUUCCCGUGGAGCCUUCACCAUUUCCUUCCCUUCUGGGCUGGCGCUGAUCACCACGAUCUCCACCAUGAGAAGUUCAUCGGCAACUAUGCCAGCAGCUUCCGGUGGUGGGAUUAUGUCCUUGACACCGAGUACACCCCAGAUGCGCUGAAGCGCCGAAGGGAAAACAAGGCCAAGGUUUCGAAGGCCCAGUAAGCGGUUUGCAUGUUUACCUUUCUUCGUUCACUUUAUGCUUUCCUCUUCAAAUCCCUAUUCGGGUAUUUCUCUAC